AUGACUAUGUCUUUGCAUCAAAUAGAGUCGGGACUUUGUCAUAUGUCUAUUAAUGAAAAUCUUAAUUCAGGUUCAAUAUAUCAAAAACCGGUGUCAAAACAAUUAGUAAAAUCUCAAUCUAUUAAGCCUGAUUUAAAGAAUCAAGGAAAUGCACGGCAUCCAUUACUUAAACUUGCAGUACAUAAUCAAAAUAAUCAAGUUAAUGGAAGUAAUAUUUUUCAAUCUAAACAAACCACAAAUUCAUCUACUACUGUUACUAAUGUUGUUAAUAUUCCUGCACAGCAAUGGAGAACAUCUCAGAUGUCUUCGUUAUCUCCUGGUAAUUCAAGGAAGAUAGUUAAUUUAUCUUUGAUUGGGGAGAAGGCAUCCUUUGAUGAAAACAGGAAAAUGCUUAUUCCUCAAAGUGUUUCUGAAGUUUAUGAAUAUCAUCUUGGAAUGUUUGAAAUUGGUCGUCCUCUUGGAAAAGGAAAAUUUGGGAGAGUCUAUCUUGCUCAAGAAAGACGCACGGGGUUUAUUUGUGCGUUAAAAGUUUUACAUAAGUCAGAGUUAAUGCAAUCUAAAAUAGAAAAGCAAGUAAGAAGAGAAAUCGAAAUUCAAUCUAAUUUAAGGCAUCCUAAUAUUCUUCGUAUUUACGGUCAUUUUCAUGAUUCUACUAGGGUUUUUCUUAUAUUGGAGUUUGCUGGAAAAGGUGAAUUGUAUAAACAUUUACGUAAAAAAGGAAAGUUUUCAGAUUUAAGAGCUUCAGAAUAUAUAGCACAAAUGGCAUCUGCGCUUUCAUAUUUACAUAAAAAACAUGUUAUACAUAGAGAUAUAAAACCUGAAAAUAUUUUACUUGGGAUCAAUGGAGAAGUUAAACUGUCUGAUUUCGGAUGGAGUGUUCAUGCACCUAAUUCAAGACGGAAUACUCUUUGUGGAACUCUUGAUUACCUACCUCCUGAAAUGGUAGAAGGGCGUGAUCAUAAUGAGAAGGUUGACAUUUGGUCUUUGGGUGUUCUUACAUAUGAGUUUCUCGUCGGUUCUCCUCCUUUUGAAGAUUUAAGUGGAUAUCCUGCUACGUAUAAACGAAUAGCUAAAGUCGAUCUUAAAAUUCCUGAUCAUGUAAGUUCUGAGGCUAAAGAUCUUAUUACUAAGCUUUUACAACAUAAUCCUGAAAAGAGAUUAGCACUUGAUCAAGUUCCAUUGCAUCCUUGGAUUCAAAAACAUAAAGAUAAUUGGCAUAAAAAUAGAAGUUCUGAUUAA